ACUGUGGGCAAUGGGGGAGGGUUUCCAUGGCAACGGGGCCUUGCAGCGGAAGCCGGCCUGCCCUGAGUGGGAGAACCCCGGGCGGCUCAGCUGAAAAGGGUGUGAUUGGUACAGAAGGCCAGAGUGCGUCAUACAUCCAAAGCGUGGAGUGAUCGUUCCUCUGGAGUCGAGGAAAGAAGGGAGAGAGAGUUCCCGGGCACAAUGGAAGGUGGAGAUGACACUGGUCCUUCUGACGGGAGCAGAAGCUUCUUCUUCUUUUUGGGUAUCAAAGACGAAGAUGAGGGAGCCGGAGAGGAGAGCUGCGAUACACAAUCUCUGUGUGACAAGAGUGAAGGCAUGUCUAUCCAGAAGAUCCACGCCCGCGAGAUCCUGGACUCUCGGGGGAACCCGACGGUGGAGGUUGACUUGCACACCGCCAAGGGCCGCUUCCGUGCUGCGGUGCCCAGCGGGGCCUCCACAGGCAUCUACGAGGCCCUGGAGCUCCGGGAUGGAGACAAGGCCAGGUACCUGGGCAAAGGGGUGCUGAAAGCCGUGGAACACAUCAACAAGACCAUUGCCCCUGCCCUACUUGAGAAGAAAUUCAGCGUGGUUGAGCAAGAGAAAAUUGACAAGUUCAUGAUUGACUUGGAUGGAACCGAGAACAAAUCCAAGUUUGGGGCCAACGCCAUCCUGGGGGUCUCCCUGGCCGUGUGCAAGGCUGGCGCGGCUGAGAAAGGGGUCCCCCUCUACCGCCACAUCGCGGACCUGGCUGGGAACGCCAACCUCAUCCUGCCUGUGCCAGCUUUCAACGUGAUCAACGGGGGCUCCCACGCAGGGAACAAGCUGGCCAUGCAAGAGUUCAUGAUCCUGCCCGUGGGAGCAACCAACUUCAAGGAGGCCAUGAGGAUUGGGGCCGAAGUCUACCACAACCUGAAAGCCGUCAUCAAGAGCAAAUACGGGAAAGACGCCACCAACGUGGGGGACGAGGGAGGCUUUGCCCCCAACAUCCUGGAGAACAACGAAGCUUUGGAGCUGCUGAAGUCUGCCAUCGAGAAGGCCGGCUACCCCGACAAGGUGGUCAUUGGCAUGGAUGUGGCUGCCUCCGAGUUCUUCCGGCAGGGGAAGUACGACCUGGACUUCAAGUCUCCCGACGACCCCAACCGCUACAUCUCAGGAGAUAAGCUGGGAGAGCUUUACCAGAGCUUCAUCAAGAACUACCCUGUGGUGUCCAUCGAGGACCCCUUUGACCAGGAUGACUGGGAGACCUGGAAGAAGUUCCUGACGCAGGUGCAGAUCCAGAUUGUGGGGGACGACCUGACCGUCACCAACCCCAAGCGCAUCCAGAAGGCCGUGGAGCAGAAGGCCUGCAACUGCCUGCUGCUGAAGGUCAACCAGAUCGGCUCCGUCACGGAGUCCAUCCAGGCCUGCAAACUGGCUCAGUCCAACGGCUGGGGUGUCAUGGUGAGCCACCGCUCUGGAGAGACAGAGGACACCUUCAUCGCUGACUUGGUGGUGGGGCUCUGCACGGGACAGAUCAAAACCGGAGCUCCCUGCCGCUCAGAACGCCUGUCCAAAUACAACCAGCUGAUGAGGAUCGAGGAAGAACUGGGAGAUAAAGCACAAUUUGCCGGGCGCAAAUUCCGGAACCCUCAGGCCAAGUAAAAGAUGCCUCGGACUCCCAGCCCCACCUGGGGAGGCCCAUCCCACCCGCCCCUUCCCAGAUGCUGUGCUGCCUCCUAGCCAGGAGCCCCUUCCCACUCUUGGCUGGAGCCCGUUGGAUUUCUCCCAUCCAGAUCUUGUAUCCCUGCAGAGCCCCCCCCCCCACUCGGGGCACUGAAUAAAGAGGCAGCUGUGCCAGAGUAA